GUUGUCAAAAAAAUGUCAGCCAACAAGGAAAUUAACCUUGUUCAGGCUUAUGUGGAAUUAAAUAAAUUUUGCCAAAGCGGGGAAUAUGAAAGAGCUUUAAAAUCAUCUGGAAAAAUUCUUCAGAUAGCACCAAAUGAGCAAAAAGCAUUUCACUGCAAAGUAAUAUGUUUUAUACAACUACAUAACUUCAAGGAGGCACUUUCGGUGCUUUGCAAUCCCAAGAAUGCAGCACUGGCAUCGGAUUUACAUUUUGAGAAAGCUUACGCACAGUAUCGACUUAACUGUCCCAAAGAUGCGCUGGAAACUGUGGAUGCUGCGCCCGAGCUGACUCCAGCCUUGAAAGAACUAAGGGCUCAAAUCUUAUACCGACUAGAACAAUAUCAAGACUGCUACAAUCUGUACCGAGAUAUUGUGAAAAAUACAACUGAUGAUUAUGAAGAUGAGAGGAAGGCGAAUAUGGCAGCUGUGGUUGCCAACUUGGCAUCUCUUAAUCAAUCUUCUGACCUACCUCAAUUUGAAGAAAGUACCUACGAGUUGUCUUACAAUACUGGCACAACAUUGGCAAUGAAAGGGAAAUACAACGAGGCUUUGCCAGUGCUGAAACGGGCUGAACAAACUUGCUCCGAGAGUGUGCUAGAGGAUGGAGGUACCGAGGAAGAGGCCAAGGAAGAAGCUGCCAUUAUACGAGUGCAACAAGCAUACUGUCUUCAGCAAAUGGGCAAAGAGAAGGAAGCGGGUGCCAUUUACCACAAUGUGUUGAAAGAUAAACCUUCGGACCAAGCCCUGGUUGCUAUAGCCAGCAACAAUCUGGUUGUCAUUAACAGGGAUGGCAAUGUGUUUGACUCCCGCAAACGUAUGAAGGCGGCCACUCAGGACGGCCUCGAACACAAGUUGACUUCGCGCCAGCGAGCCAGCAUCGCUUACAACCAAGCCAUACUCGCUAUAUACUCUAACCAGCCGGACUUCUGCAAGCAAUGCUGCGUGAAGCUAAGCCGCGAGUUCGGUCAGGAGCGCCGCGCUGCGCUUGUAGAAGCCAGCUCGUUGGUGAAGGAGGGAAAGAGAGCGCAGGCUGUUGCCCUCCUGCUCAAACAUUCUGGAGAACUGGCAUUGGCCGCUGUCCAUGUGCAGUUGGCGCAGGGUGAUCGAAAAGCUGCUGUAAAACUGUUAGAAGAGAGCGAAUACAAGUACCGACCAGCUAUAGUGGGACUGUUGUAUACCCUACUCUGUGCUGAUAGUGAAUAUGAGAGAGCCUCGGACAUGUUCCACGAAGUCUACGAACAUUAUAAGAAGGAUGAGGAGAGCGUACGUCGUUUGCGCGCUGUAUGGGAGGCGGCGGCGGGCGCGCACGCGCGAGCUGGCAACGGCGCACGUGCGGCCGCCGCGCACACCGCGCUCGCCUCCGCUGCACCACCCGACCGCCGCAGCCUGGCGCGGCUGGUCAAGGCGCUGGUACACGACCCAGCCCGAGCGAGAGAGCUGGCAGCGCGCCUGCCGCCUAUAUCUGAGCUGGAGGGUAAGAUCGACGUGGACGCUCUCGAGUCGUCCAAGUGGAUGAUGGGCGCGAAGGUCGUCAAGAAGGGCCAGAGUAAACAGGAACAGUCCCCUGGAACACCCGGUUCGGAAUUGGGUCAGAAACAGAAAGCCAAGCGUAAGCGGAAGACGAAACUACCUCCUCACGCUGACCUCUCCAAACCUCCGGAUCCAGAGAGAUGGCUGCCGAAAUACGAGCGCACUGCGUACCGCAAACGACGCGGCAUUCGCCGUGACGUCAUCAAGGGUAGCCAGGGCAUGACCACUGCUGCCGUCGACCAGUAUGACAUGAGUAAGCAAGCUCCGUCUGCGCCGGUAGCAGCUGCUGCGGCUGCCAAGAGUCCGCGCGGCGACGUCAAAGAGAGCGCGUGGCAGCGCAAGCAACAACAGAAGAAGAAAGGGAAGGGACGCAAGUGGUAGUCAUUACGGAAUAUAAUACUUUUAUCGUG